AUGUAUCAUGGAAUGAACCCGAACAGCCGGGAUCCCUUCCUAGAGCAGCCGCUGCCGCCGCCGCCUCCGCCGCUGUUUCAGCGUUGCCAGUCUAAACUCUCCCUGGUGGUCUUGUGGUUCCAAUUGGCGCUGUGCUUUGGCCCUGCACAGAUCACAGGCGGUUUUGACGAACUCCAUGCUUGUUCUGAUCCUGGAUUCCCCGAAUAUGGAUAUAAAAUGCCCAGCACAGGUGUUUUCUUUGAAAGUUCAGUUGUCCGAUUUCAUUGCCAAGAAGGAUACAGGCUUAAGGGUCCAUCCCAAAAGCUUUGUGAGAGACAUUUUAAUGGCUCCCUAAGCUGGAAGCCAAGUGAUAAACCUGUGUGCCUACAAGAAGAUUGCCUUGCUCCAGCUGUUGAAGAUGCAGAGAUUCAGAACAAGACAUACAGAACUGGAAAUAAAUUAAUAAUCAGCUGUCACGAAGGAUUCCAGAUCCACUUCUCUGAUUUAGACAACCUGGUAUCAAUAUGUCAAGAUGAUGGAACAUGGGAUAAUCUGCCCAUUUGCCAAGGUUGCCUGAGACCACUGCUGCUUCCUCAUAGUUUCACUAAUAUAUCUCAGUUCGAGUCUUCCUUCCCAGUAGGAUCAAUGAUAUAUUUUCAGUGUUUUCCGGGAUAUAAAUUAGAAGGUGCAGAGUUCCUUGAGUGCAUGUAUAAUCUUAUCUGGUCAGAUAGUCCACCUAGUUGCCUUGAUGUGGAAGUUUGUCCGCUACCACCUAUGGUGACUCAUGGAGAUUAUAUCUGCCAUCCGCGGCCUUGUGAACAUUACAACCAUGGAACUGUGGUUGAGUUCUAUUGUGAUCCUGGCUACACUCUCAGUAAUGAUUACAAAUAUAUCACCUGCCAGUAUGGAAAAUGGUUUCCAUCAUAUCAAGUAUACUGUAUCAAAACAGAACAAGCCUGGCCAAAUAAGGAAACUCUUUACGAAACAUGGAAGAUUGUAGCAUUCACUGCUACUAGUGUUCUUCUAAUGCUUCUGUUAGUUAUUCUUGCCAGAAUGUUCCAAACCAAAUUUAAGGCACAUUCCUUCCAAGGUUAAGAUACUCAAGAGAAUUGCAACAGUGGCCCAGACUUUGUGGUGGUGGAUGGUGUUCCUGUCAUGCUUCCUUCUUAUGAUGAAGCUGUGAGUAGUGGCAUAAAUGAGUUGGCAUCAGGAUGUGCGCCCCCUGCAGGCCAGGGAUAUGUUUUUCAAGCCGAUGAUCAGAAUCCUCCAGCUUAUCCUGGACCAGAUGAUUUGAACAGGUUGCCAGCUGAAUUUGACACGUGUGACAGCAUUUCAGGCUCUUCAGAACUUCUCCAGAGUUUAUACACAUCUUCUGCAUGUCAGAUGGGAGCUCAUCCUGUCUCAGACAGAACUGAUGUUAUCAACAGCACCACUGAAGAAGUAGCAUCAACCAGCCCAAGCAUUGAUAUUGCUGAUGAAAUUCCAUUGAUGGAUGAAGACCCUUAA